GGCUACUCCCGGAGAGGAGAAGGAGAGGGAUAGAACCACCAAAACGCUUUCGUUUCAGUCCAAUUCAAACUACAAAUUCCUUCUCUCUCUCGCUUUGCCAUUAUUUCUUCUCCUCUGGUCUCUGUGGAGCGUCCUAGCCGAAUCAAUCGGAGUCCCUUCCGUUCUAUUUCUGCCCCGCAGGAGAUCCUCCAACAAAUCGGGAGAAAUAAUUUUUGAGGAUUCUGAUGGAUCAUUGGUCUGGAUCUUAUGAAUUAAAUUAAUACAAGAGGAGGAGAUGGGUGUGAUUUCACGGAGUGUGUGGCCUGUUUGUGGGAGCUUGUGUUUCUUCUGUCCUGCAUUGAGUGAGAGAUCGCGGCACCCAAUUAAGAGAUACAAGAAAUUGCUUGCAGACAUUUUUCCCCGAUCUCCGGACGAAGAACCCAAUGAACGCAAGAUCAGCAAACUAUGUGAAUAUGCUUCCAAAAACCCUCUCCGUAUUCCAAAGAUCACAAGUUAUCUUGAGCAAAGGUGUUACAAGGAUUUGAGGAGCCAGCAGCUCCACUCUGUAAAAGUAGUUAUGUGCAUCUACAGGAAAUUGUUGGUUUCUUGUAAGGAGCAACUGCCAUUGUUUGCAAGCAGCUUACUCAGCAUCAUUCUCAUUCUGCUAGAUCAAACACGGCAUGAUGAAAUACGCAUGCUAGGCUGUCAAACUGUAUUUGACUUUGUAAAUAAUCAGAAGGAUGGUACAUACAUGUUCAACUUAGAUGGCUUGAUUCCUAAACUUUGUCUUUUAGCGCAAGAGAUGGGAGAGGAUGAGAGAAUACAGUACUUGCGUGCUGCUGGACUUCAGGCCCUUUCAUCAAUGGUCUGGUUCAUGGGUGAAUUCUCUCAUAUUUCAGCAGAUUUUGACAGUGUUGUAUCAGUUGUGUUGGAGAAUUAUGGAGCUCACAAACAAGAUUCAGAAUCUCCUGUCCACGAUAAACAAGGCUCUGAAAAUGGGCGGGUUGGUGAUGCUUCUCCGCCAGAUGCCUUGACUAGAACUUCUUCCUGGAGCAAGAUUGUUACUGUUAAAGGCGAAGUCAAUGCAUCUUUGGAAGAUGCCAAGAACCCCAGAUUCUGGGCAAGAGUCUGCCUACACAACAUGGCCCAGUUAGCCAAAGAAGCUACCACCGUGCGGCGUGUCUUGGAGUCUUUGUUCCGUCAUUUUGACAACGGGGACUUAUGGUCUUCUGAUUAUGGUGUUGCUCUUUCAGUCUUGCAGGACAUGCAGUUUAUAAUAGAGAAAUACGGGCAAAACACACAUUUUGUAUUGUCCCUCUUAAUUAAGCACCUUGAUCACAAGAAUGUUCUUAAGAAGCCCAAUAUGCAGCUUGACAUUGUUGAUGUUGCCACCUCUCUUACUCGAGAAGCAAAGGUUCAGUCAUCGAUGUCUAUAAUUGGUGCAGUCAGUGAUAUGAUCAGACACCUUCGGAAAAGCAUACAUAGCUCACUUGAUGAUUCAAAUUUGGGAGUCCAAGUAAUUGAAUGGAACAGAAAAUAUCGAGCUGCAGUGGAUGAAUGCCUUGUGCAGUUAACGCAGAAGGUUGGAGAUGUGCACCCAAUACUUGAUGUUAUGGCUAUGAUGUUGGAGAAUCUAUCAAAUAUUACAGUGAUGGCCAGGACCUUGAUUUCUGCGGUUUACCGUACUGCUCAGAUUGUGGCAGCCAUGCCAAAUCUGUCAUAUCAGAACAAGGCUUUCCCUGAGGCAUUAUUCCAUCAGUUACUCCUAGCAAUGGUCUAUGCAGACCAUGAAAUCAGGGUGGGUGCACACCGUAUAUUCUCCGUUGUUCUUGUCCCAUCAUCUGUCUUCCCACGUCCUGCGGCUGCUACAGCUGUCUCAAAUAAGGCUGUUCAACGGAUACUUUCAAGAAAUGUAUCUGUAUUUUCUUCUUCAGCUGCGCUCUUUGAGAAGUUGAAAAAGGAGCAAAAUUCCUCGUGGGAAAAUAUCAGUCAAGGUGAAAAAGAAAUAAUUGUGGGUGAUGCAGAUGCCAAGGGAAAUAAUCCUUCUUUGCUAAACAGAUUGAAGUCAACGUAUAGCCGCAAUUAUACCGAUGGAAGGCGUUCAUUACCUAUUGUGGCUGAUGAUAACAAUUCAAGCAAUCUUGCUAAAGAACCGCAGUCGCCAAUAAUAGCUCUUAAGUUGAGCAGUCGCCAGAUUAUCCUAUUGCUUUCAUCACUAUGGGCACAAUCAAUAUCUCCUUUGAAUAUACCCGAAAACUAUGAAUCAAUUGCUCAUACCUACAGCUUGGUGUUGUUAUUGGCCCAGAGCAAGAAAUCCGGUAAUGAGGCACUGAUUCGAAGUUUUCAGAUAGCAUUUUCCUUGAGGAGCAUAGCACUUGGAGAGGGAGGGUGUUUGCAGCCCUCACGGCGGAGAUCCCUCUUUACAUUGGGAACAUGUAUGAUUAUAUUCUCAUCAAAAGCCUACAACAUUUCUUCGCUUAUUCCUUCUGCUAAAGCUGCACUUACAGAUAACACAGUUGAUCCAUUUCUGCAAUUGGUUGAUGAUUGCAAACUAGAGGCUGCCAACAAAGGACCUUUCCUUUCCAAAAAUGUUUACGGAUCUGCAGAAGACAAUGAAGAAGCUUUGAAGUCACUGUCAGCAAUAGGAGGAAUAGAGAUUCAGUUGAAAGAAUCUUUGCUAACCUUGAUAGUGAAGUUUCUUGGAGCAUCAUCAGAUCAAGAGUUAUCCAGUGUAAGAGAGAAGUUGCUUAAAGACUUUACGCCAGAUGAAAUGUGUCCUUUGGGAGCAGAGAUAUUCAUGGAAACACCAGAACAAAUGUGCAAGGUUAAUCCUCCUUUGUUUACAAUGAAUGAUGGCUUGCCUAAACCUGUAGAGGCUCAAAAAGAUCCUGAAACAGAGCAUACCUCGGAUGUUCCUAGCCUUCUGAGUGUUGAUGAGCUUCUAAAUGGAGUUCACGAUACAGCACAUCAAGUUGGAAGAUUAUCCGUCUCUGCCCUGCCACAUAUGCCUUACAAGGAAAUGGCUGGCCAUUGUGAGGCCCUUUCAAUGGGAAAGCAGCAAAAGAUGUCUGCUUUCAUGAGUAACCAGCAGAGUCAAGAAAAUGUAAAUGGCAACUGGGCUCAUGGUGAAAGUCAAGCACAAGAUUUGCCAUCUUAUACCAAUCUUGAGCCAGCAUCGUCUAAGAGUGGAAAUCCAUUCCUUGACGAAAACGUGGGCCCUACAUCACAAAUUCCGUCGAGUAACACUGGAUCAAUGUUUUGUGCAACUGAGUACCAACAUCAACCUCACUUCUAUCAGCUUCCAGCUUCCAGUCCUUACGACAAGUUUCUAAAGGCUGCUGGCUGUUGAUGACAUGAAAUGAAAAGAUUUUGGACUGAUCGGCUUUGACAUUUUUGCGUUGGAAAAGCUCAUGUUACUCUUUGCACCUUGGUGUUUUGAAUCUUUGCAGUGGCAAGGACCCAUAUUUGUUGGAUCAACAAUUUUGUGUUUUCUCUUUUAUGGAAUCAUUUUAUAAAUUAUACAUCAGUUUCAUCUUUUGUGGUGUUUUCUAUACAUUUAUCAUUUUUUUUUCCUAUAAAGGGGACGUUUUGCAUGUAUCUGCCCCAUAUAUGUUGAGAACUUGAGAUGUAAAUGGGUAUGAUAUGGUGAAUAUUAUGUAGUCACUUCUUUUAGAUUACGAUGAAUGUUACAUUAUAAUUCU